AUGACAACACAAGGUGGUGCCGGUGGUGGCGGUGGUGGCGGGGCAAGUGGUACUGCUGGUACCACUUCCUUCUUGGAAGCAUGGAUACAGAAGGCGGCGACGGAUGCGACUGCGCAGACGUUGCAGAGUGUGGAGGGCACGGACGCAGCGAAGAAAAUUAUAGAGGCAAUGAAGACCGAUUUGAAGAAAACAUGGGAUGAUUUGAAGGAGUGGUUAAGGAAGCAGGAGGCGAAUGAAAUAUGGAAAUUUUGUGAGCAUGGAAAGGUCGUCACGUGGCCGCCGGGUAUGUGGCGUGGAUAUAUGGAAUUGUUGUGCCAACCUAUAUUAGAAAUAAAAUAUUUCAUAAAUGGUAUAAAAACAGAGAGGACAGGACAAAAUGAGCCGGGGGAUAAACCAACAGAAAUUACACCCCCCACUCCUGAUGAAGUCUAUCGACGAUGUCUUGUCGGCGCCGUCGCGUUAGCCACAAUUUAUGGCGAUCACUGCCGGCUGACGGACGUCGUAGGGAAGGUGGAAAGGGAAAUAAUGGACCAAGUGAAAGCGAAGUAUAGCAGUAAGGGGGUAACAUUCAACGAUUGCCAAGGAAAAGUGGAUGGGACCACUUUAAUGCUAGCUAAAGCACUUCUCCAAGAUAAAAUUAGAAAUUGGACAAAGGAAGAUAGGGACAAGGGGGAAAUGAGGAGGGCGCGAGGAAGCGGGGAAGAUGGGAACUGGAGGGUGGGGGGUGAAUUGUGGAGUAGGAUGAAACAGCGUUGUACUGGGAGGCAGACACCGAAGACGCAGGAGGUGGAAGCAAAGAAGAAGGAAUGGAAGGAAAAUAAUAAAGGAAGUACAGCAACAUUCUUAGGAGUAAAGAGUGAUGAUAAAAGUAGUGAAGGAGCUCUGAUGAGUGAGAUAAUGGAGGAUGACGACAAAUUCUCAUCGUCCAAAUUAGGUGAAAUGUUGAAGACAGCAGUGGAAGAGUCGAUAAAAUCGGGGAGUAAAAUUGAUGUAGGCAGCCUAGUUCAGAGUAUAACGAAGGAAGCUGAAAAAACACUAGCUGAUGUUUGUAUCAAGAACAAAAAGGAUGAUGGCAGUGAAAAAACACUUUGCGAUCGGCUCAAGUGCAUAGAGACUUAUUUGAACGCAACCAGCACACAAGCAGCAGGACAAGUGCAGAACAACCAGGACAAGUUCUGGGAGAAGACUGGCGCAGUAGAACAACUAUGGAGUGAGUUGUCACAAGCAAUGAUAGAUAAUGGCACAAAUGAGAACCAGAAUUGUGAAAAAUUGGAAAAUCCGUCUGACCAGACGGCAUGCAAGUAUUUGCAUGCCGGCUUAGAAGCACUGUAUAAGAAGCCGGAGGCGUCGGGGGCGCAGACGGCGCCGCCGUCAGGCGGCGGCGCCGCCGACGUCUUAAAGAACAACCCAUCGUUUAGACAAACGAUGGGUUGUUUUUUACUUCACGCUUAUGCAAAACACAUGAAAGAUAAAGCUGUUUGUGACAUAGAGCAAGGAAUACAGAAGGCAUUCGAGGAAUGGAAGAAUCCAAGUACUAAGGAAGGGACGUCCUGCCAUAAUGGCGGUGCCAGUGGCAAGGAACCAUGUGUUCCUUGCCAAUGGGAUAAAACCGACAGUUGGGAGAAAUGCACAAUUAGCACAAAUGGCCAGACCUCCGGCGAAAAUGACAAUGUUGAGAAGAAAUUGGAAAAAAUUGUCACGAAGGAGGACACCAAAAUAAAGGAAAUGGCGAAGCAAGUAAAUGACGUAAAGGACUUAUGUCACCAAUUCAAAUGUGUCACAGCUCGAUGGAUUAAGGAGAAACACAAUGGCAAGACGGACAAAUGGGAUGAAGUGUGGAAGAAAGUUACAGAACAAUUGAAGGAACUCUCUGAGGGAAUAGAAGCAAAGAAAACAGACAAAUCUCUGGCCAGCCUGUGCCCAAAGGAUGAGAAAGGAGGAAAGGAGGCUUGCCUCCUUAUAGCAGCAGGAUUAAAAAACCUCUACAAUAUCGACAACGGUAGCGAUGCCGUUGAGGCAUCGUUCCAAAGAACGAUGCAAUGUGUUUUAUUAAAUGCCAUUGCAGAUAAACUGCAGGACCAAAAAUUUCCAUGUAAGGAUGAAAAGAAUGUACAGAAGGGGAUUGAGGAAGCAUUUACGAACAAAAAUAAUGACAUUAUGAUUGGCACUCAGUGCCAGAAUAAUGAUAAAUGUUUUACGUGUCCGAGGUUUAAGGAGUAUGCAGAUUGCAAAAUUAACACAAAUGACAGUAACCCAAUGGAAAAAAAACCUUUAAAGGAGAAAAUUGACCCCAUCAUCAACACCGAAUAUGAUAAUACUACUGAUAAUACUAGUCCCUUAUCGAAGUCUUCUCUAACCAAGACCAUAUGUAA